AAAAUAUAGCGUUGUUGGCAGAAACAGCUCUGAGAUUUCUGGAGUUAGUACAGCUGAAAAAUCUGAAUAUGGAAAAUGAACCAAAUGGUGAAGAAAUGGAUGAAACAUCUCACCCUAGUGAUAACUAUGACACAGAGUUGCAAGCCUUGCAUGAAAUGGUCCAGCAGAAAGUUGUGACUUUGCUAAGUGACCCAGAGAAUAUUGUGAAACAAACACUGAUGGAAAAUGGAAUAACACGUCUCUGUGUCUUUUUUGGACGUCAGAAAGCCAAUGAUGUUCUUCUGUCUCAUAUGAUCACCUUCUUAAAUGACAAGAAUGACUGGCAUCUUCGAGGAGCUUUCUUUGACAGCAUUGUUGGUGUUGCUGCUUACGUUGGCUGGCAAAGCUCAUCAAUACUGAAACCUCUGCUUCAGCAAGGUCUCAGUGAUGCUGAAGAAUUUGUCAUUUAUAAAGCCCUCAAUGCUCUUACUUGUAUGUGCCAGUUGGGGCUCUUGCAAAAGCCCCAUAUUUAUGAGUUUGCUUGUGAUAUCG